GCAACUCUUGUUGGAUUCAUGGCUGGUGCGGCAAUCAUAGUUUCAUUGCAACAACUGAAAGAAUUGCUUUGGAUAGUUCACUUUCACCACCAAAAUGCAGAUAAUUGUUGUUCUAUCUUCUGUUUUACAGCAAAAAGAUGAGGUGACUCUUCUGGUCCCAGGAAUUUGCAAUACAAGCAUACUGCUUCUCCUCAAAAGAAAACGGCAAUCAAAGGUGGAGUGGAAUCCCACAAUGGCUUUUGCAGUGGGCGUAUGGGCUGGAAUUACUCCUGUAGCGUAUGGUAUUUCUGGGCUGCUCUCAAUUCCUGAACAUAACUUUGAAGCCAAAUUCGAAGACGACUCCGAAUAUUUCCCGGAUGACUUCCAGUAUGAGUAUGAUCCACAUCACCCAUUAUAUGACCCGGAUGACUUCGGAUAUGACUCGGAUGACGAUCCAUAUGACCCGGAUGAUUAUUUCCUCAGCCAUGAAGAUUAGAGAAGAUGUCAGAGCCAAAGGAUGGACAGCUGGGCUACCGAUGCGGUGUGAUUUUGCUUUUCUGAUUUUCUCUGUAGCAGUGGUCUUUCAUCUUUUGCUCUUUUUUUUAUUUAUUUUUUUCCGUUUCAUUAGAAAGAAAUUGAUGACGAAAAAUUAAAA